AUGCAUCAUACUAAAUUGUCAGCAGCAACAUCGCACAUAAGUGGCAGUUUUAGUGCGAGUUCUGGUUCUGCCAGAGGCGGUAGGCCUGCACAGGGUCAGAAAAGGAGUAGAGAGGAGACUUCUGGAGUUAGCCAGUAUUCUCGAAAUUCGUGUUAUGGGUGUGGGAGCACGGAGCAUCGUUUUUCGAGUUGUCCCAAGAGGGAUGCAGCACCGAGGGUGUGCUGCUAUUGCAAGGAGCCGGGGCAUAUCAAGCCCAUGUGCCCCAAGUUGCGGAGUAUGUCGGUGGCGUCGGUUCAGCCAGUACCGGCUAAGCCAGUGAGCCAGAUUGCAGCGGUGCAUCCGGUAGGAGCAUCGAAUUGCUUCAUUACACUGAAGAGUGCCAAGAAGAGUGGCAUCCGCAGUAGCGCUGGUGACGGUGCGGGCAUGGUUAAAGUGGCAGGAGGUCGAUUCUUGGCUACUUCGGGCCGUGCUAUAGGAGUCAAUAUUCAGAUUGCGGGGCAGUCAAUGCCAGCAGACUUAGUCAUCAGUCCGGUGGAGCUGUAUUACGUUAUACUCGGGAUGGACUGGUUGGUGUAUCAAGGAGUGAGGCCGACUUCCGAGAGUAUUGGGAUAUCUGCUAUUCAAGCUGAGCAGAUGAUAGAGCGAGGUUGUGAGGCGUAUCUGGCGACAAUUUCUAUGUCGGAGUCAGGAGCUGGAGUUGUUAUGGGGGAUAUCGAGAGCCGGGGACAACACCAAUAUCUAAGACGCCUUUACAGGAUGGCGCCAGCAGAGUUGGCAGAGCUGAAGAAGACGAUAGAGGACCUUUUGUCUAAGGGAGGUCUUAACCAAGUCACUAUGAAGAACAUAUACCGUCUUCCCAGGAUUGAUGAGUUGUUUGAUCAGCUGAGGGGUGCUACUUGGUUCUCCAAGAUAGACUUGGCGUCGGGUUAUCAUCAGAUCCCGAUAGAUGAGGCUGAUGUCAAGAAUAUUGCUUUUAGGACGCGUUAUGGGCACUUUGAGUUUGUGGUGAUGCCCUUUGGUUUGACUAACCAUGCGACUCACUUGAGGUUGGUUCUGGAGAAGCUUCGGGAGAGAAAGCUGUUAGCUAAGUUGAGCAAGUGCAGUUUCUGGCAGAGGGAGAUGGGAUUUCUUGAUCAUAUUGUGCUUGUAGAGGGAGUUUCUGUGGAUCCGCCGAAGAUUGAGGCCAUCAGGGAUUGA